GGACGGACCGGAUGUUGUCUGCACAUGGGAGCGGAGUCUGGAUGAGAAGGCAGCAUGGGGAAGCCUCGGAGAAGCCUUAGGCCCAAGAAACAAAAAGCAGAUGAAGAUGUAUAUGAUGAAUCACUGUCCAAAGCUGACGUCCCAUCAACUAAAGAGUUGUCCUCGGAUUACUAUAAUGACGCCGUUGAUAAAUACCAUGAAGAAAAGUUUCAGAAUUUGAUGAAACAAGGUGUGUCAUUCGGCAGCGAUGAAGAACAGUAUGACAGCGCAGAUGAGGUUAUGCCUCUUGAUAUUGAGGAAGAUGAUGAAGAUGAGGAAGAAGAAAAUGAGGAGGAGGAAGAUGAUCAAAUUUCCAUGGGUAGUGACUUAGAAGAUCGGGACAAAGAUGGUCUCCCAGAUGAAAUGGCGUGGGGACAGAAGAAGAAGCUGUACUACGAAACAGACUACAAAGAGCAGAAGAAAAAGUCCAAAAAAACUAAAGAAGAGCUGGACGCUGAGGCUGUAGAGGAAGAAGAAGAAGCUCAGAAUAUUCAGAGGCGUUUAGCAAAGACGCUCAAUGAAGAAGAUUAUGGGUUGGAUUUCAUCCAGGCAUUUGCAGAAAAGCCUAGUGAAGAGAAACCCGCCGAGCAGAAGAUUGUAAAAGACUUGGAGAAGAUGUCUGAUAAGGAGAAGAGGAAAUUGUUGAAGAAGGAAUCUCCAGAACUUAUGGAGCUGAUAAAAGAUCUGAAGCUAAAGUUGGCUGAAGUGAAAAAUGAACUGGAACCAUUGAUACAAAUGGUGAAAGAUGGAAUUAUCCCUAAUGGAAAGGGCAGUGACUUCCUACAGACUAAAUACCAGCUAUAUUUAAAUUACUGCACAAACAUUAGUUAUUACCUGGCGCUAAAAGCGAAGAGAAUCCCGAUCAGCGGGCACCCAGUGAUCGAGAGACUGGUCACAUACAGGAAUCUGAUAAAUGACUUGGCCGUUGUGGAUGAGAGGCUAUCUCCGCAGAUUCGUCUCCUGCUGUCCGAAGAGUUUCGGAAAAACCUUUCUGAAGGAAAAGUCAGCAUUAAUCCGCCUAAACCCUCCAGACAAGCAGCAGGCAAGCGCCCUGUGUCCGAGGCUGAGCCUGCUGAUGACAGCGAUCUGGAUGACGAAGCGGCACUGAACUACUACAGAAUGAUGGAGAACAGAUUGUUACAAAAGAGGAAACCUGCGGAGGAGCAAACAACUGUGGAGGAGCCAUCUGAAGAAAUGGAUCCCAAUGCCAAGAGAGGCAUCACUUACCAGAUCGCUAAGAAUAAAGGACUUACACCGAAAAGAAGGAAGAUUGACCGUAACCCGAGAGUUAAGCACAGAGAGAAAUUCAGACGGGCCAAGAUCCGCAGAAAGGGCCAGGUACGUGAGGUGCGGAAGGAAGAAGUCCGAUAUUCCGGUGAGAUGUCUGGUAUCCGGGCUGGAGUUAAGAAGAGCAUCAAGCUUAAACUUUAAUAUUUUUGCCUGGAAAGAUUGUACAGUAAACGCUUCUAUUUGUCACUGUAGAUUUUCUUUUAUUUCUGAAGACAAUUGUAUUGUUGUUUAUACUAUUACAUUUUCAAAUUCUAAAAGAAUUCUCAUUAAACAGACUUGAAUUUUCAGAAAUGUCAUUUUU